CUAGUUUCUUUCGGCCAAGCUAAGCUCAGGCUAGUUGGCAGCAUAUUAAUGCAUUAACUUUCACUUCGGCCACAACAAGCAGCAGCAGGAUCCGAUUGGAUUCGGUAUCGGGAUCGUUGUUUUCGGAUUAGGGAUUAGGCAUCCGGAAUCGGGAAUCGGGAGUUAUGUGAACAGCUACGCAACGAUAAUGGCAACCAAGUACGAGCGCAUUUUGAGUGACUGCAGGGCCAAGAGCAUACUCUGGGAAGAUCCCGAUUUCCCCGCCGUUCAGUCAUCCGUCUUCUACUACCAGACGCCCCCUUUCACCUUCCAAUGGAAGCGAAUCGCUGAGCUGAGCACCGCCCAGAGCCAGGCACAGACACCGACGUCGUCGUCCAGUCCGGCGGCGGCCGUGUUCCUCAACGAGACCGCCGAGUUCGAUGUGGUGCCCGGUAAGAUGGGCGACCGCUGGCUGGUCUCCUGCCUGGGCGUGCUUUGCUCGCUGCGCAAUCUCUUCUAUCGCGUGGUGCCCGCCGAUCAGAGUCUGGCCAAGGCCCAGGGCGUCUUCCGUUUCCGGCUGUGGUGGUGCGGUGAAUGGGUGGAGGUGCUCGUGGACGAUCGCCUGCCCACCAUCAACGGGCGGCUGGCCUUCAUGCAGCCGCAGGCCUCGAACUGUUUCUGGGCAGCGCUGCUGGAGAAGGCCAUUGCCAAGCUGCAUGGCUCCUACGAGGCCCUCAAAUAUGGCACACGAUCCGAUGGCCUCACAGAUCUUCUCGGCGGCGUGGUUCGCUGCAUGCCCAUUGACCCGGACACCCUGCGACCGCAGACGCUCAAGGAUCAGCUGGCCACCACAUGCAUUGUCACCUGCCUGGCGGUCAAGGGUGCCGCCUCGGUGGCCAAGAAGAACAUUGCCGAGCGCCUGUCCAAUGGGAUAAUGGUUACGGUUAACUACAGACUUUCCGGCCUGGACAAGGUGGAGACCCUGAUGGGAGAUUCGGUGCAGUUGGUCUGCGUGCGGGACACAUUCUCCAGCAAACCGUUUAGCGACAAGACGCACUUCACCGGCGACUGGUCGCCGCUGUCCAAGACCUGGGAGCGAGUAUCCACCGCGGAGCGUUUGCGUCUGGUUAGCCAGCUGGCGCCGGGAGAGUUCUGGAUGUCGUUCUGCGACUUUGUGCAGGUCUUCACCACACUGGAGGUGGUCUACCUGGAUACGGACACGGCCAACGACGAGGAAAUGCUCAAAAAUCGACCAAAACACUGGAAGAUGAAAAUGUACCAGGGCCAGUGGAAGCGGGGUGUCACGGCCGGCGGAUGUCGCAACCAUGAAUCCUUCCAUAUAAAUCCACAGCUGCUGAUCUCCGUCCAGGAGCGACAGGAAGUGGUGGUGGCACUCAAUCAGCACACGGCCGUGGAGCCCAAGGUGAUCGGGUUUACGAUGUACACAUGGGAUCGGGACUAUGGACUCACCGAGUGCCUGCAAAAGGAUUUCUUUAAGAACCACGUGAGCUUCCUCAACUCGGACUACGGCAAUACGCGUCACGUCAGCUACCAUACGCAACUGGAGGCGGGUCAUUAUGUCCUCAUACCGACCACCUAUGAGCCGGCGGAGGAGGCGCAUUUUACCGUCCGCAUUCUGGGCACAGCCAUCUUCCGGCUGUCCUGCCUGGAGACACAGACGAUGAUCCUGUUGGAGCCAUUUCCGGCGCUUAAGAGCGAGGAUGACCGGAGCGGGGGCACCAAGGUGAAGAGCGUCUGUCAGUAUGAGCCCGUCUACAUGCAGCUGGCCGAUGAGAACAAGACCAUCAACUGCUUCGAGCUGCACGAACUGCUGGAGGCCUGCCUGCCCAAUGACUACAUCAAGGGGUGUGCUAACAUCGAUAUUUGCCGCCAGGUAAUUGCCCUGCAGGACAAGACCGGCAAUGGGCGCAUCACCUUUCAGCAGUUCAAGACCUUCAUGGUGAAUCUCAAGUCCUGGCAGGGCGUCUUCAAGAUGUACACCAAGGAGAAGGCCGGCAUUCUCCGCGCGGAGCGUCUGCGGGACGCUCUCUGUGACAUUGGCUUUCAGCUCAGCACGGACAUCAUGAACUGCCUGAUCCAGCGAUAUAUCCGCAAGGACGGCACCCUGCGCCUCAGCGACUUUGUGUCGGCCGUCAUCCAUCUGACCAUUGCCUUCAAUCAGUUCCAUUUGAAGAACUACAGCCAGGUGAAUGUCAUAGAGGUGCAUCUGCAUGACUGGAUCAAGAGCAUACUGAGCUGCUAGGUGGUUCCUCCCUUUGAUUUCGCUACGAUUUUUCGAUGGUUUCUGAAGCUAAGAAGUUCUGUCUUUAAAAUUUGGGACUCCUUCCCAUAGAAGAAGUUAAUGAAACUGUUUUAGAAAUUAUCUGCUUUAAGCUAACAUUUCCAGAAUUCUAUCUAGUACAGCGAUUUGUGCUCCAAAAUUCGAAAUUGAUUACACAGGUCGUCAGCUUUUUGGAACAAAGAACCGGAAUUGCACUUUUCCGAUAGCUUUUGAUGUGCUGAACUCAAAUCCGGGCUCAGAAAAUUUCCUAUACUUCAGGAAUUUAAAAUAUUUGAACUUAAAAGUGCCUUAGAAAAUGUCCUUUACGUCAGGUUUUUGAGAUAUUUCAUCUCGAAAGUGCAGAAAAUACGGUUUUUGGGUGUUUUUGAAGAGCUUUUAACUUUACUACGUUUUUUUUUUCUAAACAAUCCCAAAGAACUUUUCUUUGCCUUUUAAAUUAUUUUAAAAUUUGAAAAAAUUAUUAUUGGUCUAUGAGAUAUUGUCUCUUGAAUUUAUAUCGAUAUUUUUUCAUAUAUUUCCGUGUAUCGAUUUAUGAUAUUUAUGGAAAAAAGGUCAUAUCUUAAAGAUCUAUAGAUUUACAAAAAUUUUUUUAAUUAGUUUUGAGGUCCAAAAAAGUACUUUUAACGUUAGUUUUCAAAAACUAAAUUGUAUUCAAAAUACAGCACCUCAAAAGUGACCAAAAAUCGUAAUUAUUGCAGUUUUAAGAUGGAAUAUCUCAAAGAACCAGACGUAUAGAAAAUUUUUUAGAUCGGAAAAGUAUAUUCCAGUUCUUGGUUCUGCGAUUAUUUUCAAUUUUUUUCAGACUGUGUUUUAGUUUCUUUUUCAACAUGAGACUAUUCUAUUCGACUCUAAUUUAAUUUUAAUUCCUUAAGCUAUAAAUCUAUUAACGGAUAUAUCUCCAUCUUCAUAAAAUUGAAGCGAAAUCGGAAUCGGCAGCUAUAGCAGUGGUGUAUAGUUUUAGUGUAGUACUACCGAGAAUUUUAUUUUUUAUUUGUUCUUAUGCCUACUAUUAAACGAGCGCUAAAGGCGAGACGUGUUCAGAGUA